UAUGUGCUGUAUAGUGACUUCUGAUUAAAGAUAUGUCCGUUAUCUCAGAGUGGCACUGAAGAUGACAAAUCCAUGUCAGUGUGCCUUAGUUUAAAGAGCUGUAAUGUACAGGAGGAGCAACAUGGAGGCUGCGGUGCUGAACCUGCGAUUGGCAUGACCAUAAACUAAAGCAGACGCCUUUAACCAAAGAGCCUGGCUCCCUGCCCUGACUGUAUUUGUUUUCAUUCUGGAGAUGUGACCAAUCCCAGUUUGGACUGGGAGGAGAGCAGCCCGCCUCCGUGUUAGACACGCCUCUAUGUUCAGGAACACCGCUUCAUACAUACACUGUUGUUAGCGACGUAGCCUCUACGGACAAGCUCUUUUUUUUGACAUUUCCAUUCGCGACCACCUUUGGGAACUUCCCUUCCUUGCCCCGGAUAGGUGAAAGCACCAGUAGCGGGUUACUGGUCGGGUCCGGUAGAUUGCAGCUGGCGGCAGUCCUGCGAGCCCCUUUGAGUAUGCGUAUACAAUGAAGAGGCGUGUGGAGGAUCAGGAACCAAUAUUUGCGCCCCAGCAACAGCAAACACGUCGCCCCCCAGUUCAAGGCAUUGCAGACAGCUUCCAGCACCGGGCACUCGCCCCGGCCCCGACUGUGAUAGAGGCAGCUGCUGACAACAUGCAGCCAUCCACCGGCAUCCAGUAUUCUCUCCCUCAAGGCUACCAGGUGCCUACAAUGCCUCAGAGCACAAGUGGACAUGGACACGGACAUGGCCAUAACAAUGCUGCUCCUCAUGUUGGUCCGCACGCACACAGCCUGGCUGUUCAGUCGCAGGGCCCUGCAGUGGUCCAAGGACACGUCCAUCCACCUGCACCCAUGACUUCAACCCAAGGACAGCAAUUUCAGCGACUGAAGGUUGAAGAUGCCUUGUCCUAUCUGGAUCAAGUGAAGCUGCAGUUUGGAAAUCAGCCACAAGUUUAUAAUGAUUUCCUCGAUAUUAUGAAAGAGUUCAAGUCACAGAGCAUAGACACUCCUGGAGUCAUCAACCGCGUGUCGCAGCUCUUCAAGGGCCACCCGGACCUCAUCAUGGGUUUUAACACUUUCCUGCCACCAGGAUACAAGAUCGAGGUCCAAACCAAUGAUCUGGUCAACGUGACCACGCCGGGUCAGAUCCACUACAUCACCCCACAUGGUAUUUCUGUUCAGAACAUCCCAAUUAGUGGAGCGUCCAGCCAACCUGCGAGCCACAACCAGCACCAGAGUCUGCCACAGGCUGGCCCACAUGCUACCACCACAGCUGCGGCCGCCACAACCACCACCACCACAACCCCACCCACCCCCACCCAACCUGCUCCCAACAAAACCAGCAAGCCAAUUCAGUCUCCAGCCCACACACCCACCAGCCAGCCUAACCCCUCCAUCCCAUCCUACGCCUCACCGCGCUCACCUACCGUUCAGUCCCACACUCCUGUGAGCAGCACGCCAUCCGGUGGACCGCCCCUCCAGAACAACCAGCCUGUGGAGUUUAACCACGCUAUAAAUUAUGUCAACAAGAUCAAGAACCGCUUCCAGGGUCAGCCAGACAUCUACAAAGCCUUCCUGGAAAUCCUUCACACUUACCAGAAGGAACAACGAAAUGCUAAAGAAGCAGGAGGAAACUACACCCCAGCACUGACUGAGCAGGAGGUCUACACUCAGGUGGCAAGACUCUUCAAGAACCAGGAGGACCUGCUGUCAGAGUUCGGACAGUUCCUGCCCGAUGCAAACAGCUCAAUGCUGCUGGGCAAGGCGACACCAGACAGGGCAGAUUCAGUGCGUAAUGAUCACGGCGGCACAGUGAAGAGACCUUUACUGAACAACAAACAGAGACUGAGCCAGAACGGCCUGCCAAUCAGGAGACCUGCUGGGGUGGGAGCCACACCGCCUGUCAAGAAGAAGCCCAAAAUAUUGGGAAAGGACCACGGCAUGACUGAAGUCAGCAAACACAGCACCAGCACUGAAACUAUGUUCUUCGAGAAGGUGAAGAAGGCUCUACGUAGCUCCGAGGCGUACGACAACUUUCUGCGGUGUCUUCACAUUUUCAACCAGGAGGUGAUCUCUCGUGCCGAGCUGGUCCAGUUAGUCAUCCCAUUUCUUGGGAAAUUCCCGGAGCUGUUCUCAUGGUUUAAAAACUUCCUGGGCUACCGAGAGUCGAGUCACGGGGAGUCGAGCCAUGCAGAGAGUUUACCCAAGGAGAGGGCAACGGAGGGCAUAGCCAUGGAGAUAGACUACGCUUCCUGCAAGAGGCUGGGGUCGAGCUACAGAGCGCUGCCUAAGAGCUACACGCAGCCCAAAUGCACAGGAAGGACGCCGCUGUGCAGAGAGGUUCUGAAUGACACGUGGGUGUCGUUCCCAUCAUGGUCUGAAGAUUCUACGUUUGUGAGCUCCAAGAAGACUCAAUAUGAGGAGCACAUUUAUAGAUGUGAGGAUGAGCGCUUUGAGCUGGAUGUCGUGUUGGAAACCAACCUUGCCACGAUACGAGCCCUAGAGACGGUGCAGCGGAGGCUUUCCCGCAUGUCAGCGGAAGAGCAGCUGCGCUUCAAGCUGGACAACACAAUGGGCGGCUCCUCAGAGGUCAUUCACCGCAAAGCUAUCCAGAGGAUAUAUGGAGACAAGGCCCACGACAUCAUCGACGGGCUCAAAAAGAACCCAGCUGUGUCUGUUCCUAUUGUGCUGAAAAGAUUAAAAAUGAAGGAGGAGGAGUGGAGAGAAGCCCAGAGAGGCUUCAACAAAAUCUGGCGAGAGCAGAAUGAGAAGUAUUACCUGAAGUCGCUCGACCAUCAAGGCAUCAAUUUCAAGCAGAAUGACACCAAAGUGUUGCGUUCAAAGACCUUACUCAAUGAAAUUGAGAUGCUUUAUGAUGACCACCAGGAGCGAGCAUCAGAGGAAACUGCCACUCCGCCACCGAGCGGCCCACACCUGACCCAGACCUACGAAGACAGCCAAAUCCUGGAGGACGCCGCUGCCCUCAUCAUCCAUCACGUCAAAAGACAGGUGGGCAUCCAGAAAGAAGACAAGUACAAGAUCAAACAGAUCAUCCACCACUUCAUCCCUGACCUGCUGUUUGCACGGCGAGGUGAGCUCUCUGAUGUUGAGGAGGAGGAAGAAGAGGAGGAGGAAGAAGACAUGGAGAUGGACGCAGACGGCCCUAAGAAGCACAACGGCCUGCCAGGCAGCAGCCCUUCAAAGUCCAAGCUCCUCUUCAGCAACACGGCAGCUCAGAAGCUUCGAGGCACCGAUGAUGCCUACAACAUGUUCUACGUGAACAACUACUGGUACAUCUUCCUCCGUCUUCACCACAUCCUCUGUUCCCGUUUGCUGCGGAUCUAUGGCCAAGCUGAGAAGCAGAUUGAGGAGGACGCCCGCGAGCGAGAGUGGGAGCGAGAAGUGUUAGGGCUCAAAAGGGAGAAAAAUGAAAAUCCAGCAAUCCAGCUGAAGAUGAAGGAGCCAAUGGAUGUUGAUGUCGAGGACUAUUACUCAGUGUUUCUGGAGAUGGUGCGUAAUCUUUUGGAUGGAAACAUGGAGCCGACUCAGUAUGAAGACUCUCUGAGGGAAAUGUUUACGAUCCAUGCCUACAUUGCCUUCACCAUGGACAAACUCAUCCAGAGCAUCGUCCGGCAGCUCCAGCACCUCGUCACGGAUGAUGUAUGUGCACGUGUAACAGACAUGUACCUGAGCGAAAGUGCCAAUAAAGCCACGGGGGGCCCCCUGUCCACGCAGACCGCCAGGGCCACAGCAGAGGGCACCUACCAGCGCAAAGCAGAGCAGCUCAUGGCAGAUGAGAACUGCUUCAAGUUGAUGUUUGUAAAGAGCCGAGGAUCUGUCAGUCUGGCCAUGGAGCUGCUGGACACAGAGGAGGUGAACUCUGAUGAGCCAGCGGAGGCAGAGAGGUGGUCAGACUACGUGGGCAGAUACCUGAACUCAGAUUCUGCGUCCCCAGAGCUGCGUGAGCACCUGUCCCAGAAGCCCGUGUUCCUGCCCAGGAAUUUGAGACGAAUCAGGAAGUGCCAGAGAGGGUGGGAGCAGCUGCAGCAGGAGAGAAUGAACAAAGUCCCCUCGGAUAAGUCGCAGGACGGCGGUAGCGAACUGAAGAUGGAGUGCAUGUUCAAGCUCAACUCCUACAAGAUGGUCUAUGUCUGCAAGUCAGAAGACUAUAUGUACAGACACACAGCGCUCACACGGGCUCAUCAGUCCCAGGAGCGGGUCAACACACGCCUGCACAGACGCUUCCACACCUGGCUGGACGGCUGGGCCAAACAGCACGUGACCAGCGACAUGGCUGUGGACAACCGCAAGUGGCUGAUGGGAGAAAGACGAGAAGGCCUGCUGCCCUGCACCACCACCUGCAACCCCGAGGUGCUCCAUUAUAUCAACGUGAACAAGUACCGGGUGAAGUACAGAACACUGUAGUCUCUUUUUACCGAAAGAUGAACUGUGGCAGUUGCUGUCUUCACACACACACACAGUAGCUUCAUGCAGAUUUUUUAUGACCUGCUGUUACUGGAUUCAGUUGCCAAAACUUUUUUUGCAAAUGUGUCCGAAGUGAUUCAGGAACUUUGUCCAAACUUUUCAAGCUUACACUGCGAAUUCUGCGACGAAUGUGAAAUAGCAGGUCGCUUUUUAAAAAAAUAUAACCAGCCUGUCUCAAAAAACCUAUUAUUAUUAUUAUGUUAAAUGCAGAUUUUUACAUGAGAGGAAACACUCCUUACUGCUUCUUCAUAACUGGUUGAGCAUUUCAUAACUAAAUUAAACAAUAAAAUGGGUUUUUUUGCGUACCACAAUGUCAUUUUACAGGAAAUAAAACCAAACCUCAGCUUUUAUUUUCAACAAGAACUUCAGAUUAAUCACACAUUUUAACAGGCUUCCGGCUGUAAACGUGUAAAGCCUGUGAAUGUUUCCUUCUUGGUGAUAAAGGUGCAAUAAUGCACCAUAUAUAAAUAUAAAUAUAUAAAUAUAUAUAUUCAACAACAAAUCUCUGGCGACUGCUGGGUACAAUGCCAGCCGUGUGUAUCGAGCUCAAUAAUUUAUGACCGCCCAAACACUUUGUGUAAAUAUCUUGUUUAUAUCUAGAUUUUUUUUUUUAUCAGAGGACAUUGAUGUGUAGCGUACUUUAACACACACAUAGUAUCCGUCGUUAGCUAGAGGUUGCAGAGACAAAUGCAAAAUUUUAACUGUUUUUUACCAAAGGAUGUUAAUUAGAGACCUUUUUUUCCGUUCGUGGUCCGUUGAACGUGUCGUCCCUAAAGUCUUUGUUCGGUAGAGAAAAAAAUACCAAUUUUAUACGUGUUUCCCCCUUUCUGCGCAUUUCUACCUUCAGUCUUUGGCAUCACUCGUGGUUUUAAGAUGAUUGAAUGUAGCUGAGCAGCGAUCUUUUCUGAAAGUGCAGUAUAUGUCCGUUUUUCAAACAGUACUUUCUCGUAUUUAAAACUUUACCAAAUGGUUAGAAUCUGCACGGCAGGUUCAGUGGUCUCGCGAUGUGUCACUUAUUAAAUCUGUACAUGAGUUGUGUUUAUUUUUUACACUGACUGAUGUAUAGUCGUCUAUACGUGAAUGUCAGACAUGUGACUUGUGUACAGUUUAAGGAUCAAGAAACCAAGCAAGCAAUAAUAAUUCCUUUUGACGCAGUUUAUAAAAGCUAUCAGUUUGUAUUUCUCCGCUGAAAUACAAAUGUGAAUGUUGUUUUCCCUUUAAAAGAGGGAUGUAAACUAAGGAUUUUUAUUGCCUUUUCUCGUAUGCAGUUUGUUUAAUAAAACUGGAACUGGCCCUGUAGAUAUUGUAGUAAAUGUUCAAUGGAAAUGAGAAGAUAUCCAUCACAUUAGAAUGCUGUAAAAUGUGUUUCAAACAAGCAACAGGCUUUUCUUUACAUUAACUUUAGGGGAAAAAAGAUCAAUAUCAUCUUUCACUUGUGGAUCAAAAUGUGAAGCAAACGCACCAAAAGUUCAGUUUGGAGGCAAAAAAAUUAAAUAAAAAGAGGCACUGCCUGACUCAUCCUCCGUUUAAUAAGGCAAUGAUCAGAAACAUAACCAGCUACAGACAAUCUUGGAACAGUUUAUUACUUGGGUUUUUAUUUUUAUAUUUACUGUGUUUCAUAUGGAAUACCAGAGGAAGUCCCGGGGAGAUGAUUGUACAUAAAGGCAUCGUUUGUACCUCGUUUUAAUGUGUCUCUUCUCUUGACUUUUAUGAUGUUGUACAUGAGUGUUAGUAUGGUGUUUGGCAUUAAACUAUCCCUUAAAUAGACAGAAACUCA